AUGGCUUCACUCAGCUGGAACCUGCUCCUCCUGUACUCCGACCGCGUGAAGCACGACACAAAGGUGGUAUUCAGUUGGAUAAGUAGAUAUGGUCAGGAGUGCAGCGAAGAACGUAUGGCCGCCAUGGCAAAAGCCGGACCAAAAAGCAUCAAUAUCGACGAUGCAUACAAGAUCGUCGCCGCCAUUGUGCGCAGACCUAUCAAGGACCAGUGGAUUCUAGUCUUCCUUCGAGACGCUGUCGCMGCCCGGAAACGACUAAGCGAACACUACCUCGCUCUGCCUCUGAAGCAACGAAGUCGGUCCUGGAAAUCCGACAACGAGACCCAUGCGUAUUUUACGUACGUGCUGCAGCAAAUACGCCACGUCAUCGACCGAGCCAUAUCCAUCCAAGAAGGCGAGGCUGCAGCAAAGCGAUGGCGGCGAAUGGAGAAGAAACAGAAGAGGCGUCCGGAGGCGGACACUGCGGCCAUCUCACUGGAUGAUGAGCACACAAUGGAAUCGUUCGAGGAGCGUGUUGGUCCUGCCGACGACGAGAAUAGCAUGACUGACGAGGUUGUGCUCCGUGACUCUGACGACCCGAGCAACGAACCCGAAGUGGUUUCCCUUCGGGGAGAUGGUGGGCAACCUGUUGAUCGUGUGAUUGACAAGGAGACACAAAGGCUUUGGCGGUAUAUCCUAGCCUUCAUGACUGAGGCCCAGGCGAUCAGACAGCGGUUCGUGCGGCCCAUGUGGAGGAAAGACUUUGCCAAGACAAGGGACUUUGUUGCUUCAGCCACCACCAUCAAGCUCGCCUGUCCUAUUGGCAUCGGUCUACUCGAACAAUUCGACGGACUGUCACAAGAGUAUGACUUCUCUGCCUUGGCUGACGAGUUCUGUGGGCCUGAAUUACUGGAUGGGAGCAGCAAACGUAGUCUGGUUUGCGACGACGGCAGAGCUCUUCUAGAGCAAGUCCAAACACAUAUCCAUGGACCACCGCCCGGGGACGUCGCUCGGGCCGCGCCUUGCCAUGCAUCCACGACGCUGGCCAACAAACUGAUAUCCGUGCUUCCGGAGUUGAAAGGUCUGCAAACCCAUCACAAGUCUGAGCUUCACACGGCGAAGUUCGACUCGAUCACUAGGUUCAUGCUCGAGCUUCCUGGCAUGGCAWCGGGUCGAAUUCCAUUAAAACGGUGUUGGAUGGCCGGUGUAAUGAUCGACAUCUUCAACAUCAUGCAGAGUGAUCCUCAAGCCGUGUUGAAAAGAUACGACGAAUACCUCAGUUUGAGGGAGGCUAUUCUGCAGGAGGCGAAAUCCCGUGACGUCGCCUACCAAACUCUCUUUGAAGCUUUUCGGUUGGCGUACCGCGUCUCUCGGCCAGUUAGUAAGAGGGGUAAUUGGACAAUGUCGCGAGUUUACGGCGAGGAAGGCAGCACAGUGUCCAUGUCCGAUACACUCGUUUGCAUAUCCCCGUGCCUGCUUGCUCAUGAGCUCUGCGCGGUGAAGGGUGCUGAUUUCUCGCUGGGUCUAAGUAAUUGCCUCAAUGGCUGUCUUAUUGGAUCAUGCACGGCCAUUCUAUACAUGGCGUCGCAAGAGUUGGGGCACAGGAAUAAUUCAUGGCCUGAGAUGGAUCGCAUUAUCCAAAGUCAGAACAUGAACCCCAAGCGACAGAGUCCCUCCCAACUGGCAAACAAGCAUGGUGACCGGGUGGCAAUCAUACAUCACUACAUCGAGAUGCUCAAGCGCAUGUCACAGCCAUCACAAAGCGAUGAAAGCAAGGAAAACGGCUUUGCUUUUCCACAAUUUUUCGAAUCGAAGAGUGCAGUAUUGAAAGCUAUGGCGACUGGCUCCAUCCAAGAGCUUGAGGAUGCCGGGCUAAUCAGGGACGCAAAGUUGAUCACAAAGCUUGCAAACGGCGACAAUUUGGGUUUUGCAGAUUGUAUGGUUGCGUUUAUGCCGUGCAUUGAGCAAGAGUCGGCAUACUUGGACCUCGAAAUCGUGCCGCUCGCUUUCCGAUGCAUGGAGGUGCUGUUGUCRCUGAAACUCAUACAUCCCGGUCAGGCACGACAGACAUACGGUAAUCAGUUUCCCCUUUGGCUCGAGCACGCGUUUCGUUGGCUUCUCAGAGACCCCGAUGGGGGAGAGGUGUUCUUCGGGCUUCUCGAAUAUCACAUUUGCACCACGGUCAAUGUCCCUGGUUAUGGACUUGAUCUCAGCAAGGCCGACGGUAUAUUUGAACAGUGGACAAAGGAAAAGAAGAAGAAGAAGCCUAAGCGAAACAAUGAGAACAAGAACAAAGACAAGGACACGGACAAGGAAGAUAGUUGA